AUGGGGCGGAACCACAAAACCGGCCGGGUACCGUUCUUGUCCCCAGAGGAUGCAGAGGACCGGACCUGUCCGGCCUGUGACAGACCAUUCGACAGCGCGCAGGGAAAGAAUGCGCAUCUGAGCACGGCGACCUCCUGCCGCUGGUACAGAAAGGGAAAAAACCGACAACCCAACCUGUAUGACGCCUCAGACGACGAUCUCGGGCCCACUGUCUCAGAUGCUGGCUCUUCGGAUAGGGAGGUUGACGUGGGCGACCUCCAUGACGUGCUGGAGCAUCGUGAUCUCUUUCAGUUUGUACUCCCUCCAUCCACGUCCAGCUUACCUGCGCACCAAGGCGAGGCGUCAGGCUCUGCAGGCCAUUCGUUGCCGAUUCCCCAGGUCCCGGCGUUGGACGAUGAUGACGAUAGCAGGGUGGAAGAAGAAGACAUGGAGGCUGGAGUGGUCAUUCGCAUGGAGGAGACGGUCAUGGAGACAUGGAGGGCUUACUUUGGGGAGAAUGGCGAGGACGAAGCCGAGGUUAACGAAGACCGGAUGGACAUUGAUGGCGACGAUGGUCCGCAAGGCAGACCGCAGAACAACCCGGAUCUUGAUCAACGUUGGAAGCCUUUCGCGUCCGAACUCGACUGGCGGGUGGCGAUGUGGGUCAUUCGCGAAGAUGUGGGCCAAAACUCGUUGAACAGAUUCCUGAAAAUACCCGGAGUGGUUGAGAAAUUAGGGCUUACCUUCAAAGACGUCAGGGAGCUCUUCAUAAAGGUUGACGAUAUACCCGACAGAGCGGCAUGGAAGAUGUCUAACCUAACUUUUCCCGAUCGGCGUGACGAGGAGCAUAUCGUUCGCUAUCGGGACAUUAUUGAGGCCAUCAAGGCGCUGCUGGGCAACCCAUCCUACGCCAAAUACAUAGUUUAUCGACCGCGCCGCGUCUUCUCUGACCGCUCAAAGACCAAGUGUAUAUUUACGGAGAUGUGGACUGGUUUUUGGUGCAAUGCAGUACAGGUCAGUCCUCGAAGCAGCUUUCAGCAAAAUAUCUAA